AAUCCCGCGUCCGCGAAGAAGUCCAAACCAAAGGCUCACAAAAAGAAGGCUCCUGCCAAAAAGCCUUCCACAAAGAAGGCUACGACUAAGAAGCCUGCUAGGAAGCCGGCUGCUCCGAAGACCAAGAAGGUCGCUGCGAGCAAGAAGGUUUCUGCUCGAUCAAAGCCUCCGGCGAAGAAGCCGGCUGCCAAAAAGGUCAAAAAAGUGACGGCGAAGAAGCCUGCUGCUAAGCGAUUGAAGAAGUAG